GCUCUGCUAUAAAUACACAAAUCAUACCGAGGCGGUGCUGGCAGCUGGAUUCACUUUCUGGUUCUGGACGAGCUGCAGAUCCUCUCUCUGCUGCUAGAUGCUGUUAGAGUCCGAGCUGCUGGAUCAGUGUUUUUUUACAACUCUUCACGUUGUGCGUAGUUUCCACGAGAGAUUGGACUUGACACGGGAGUUGUUUUGGUCUGAACUCUGAGCAGCUAUGGCAGACUUUUGGGGAGAUAUUGCCAGUCAGAGGGUGGCCAGAGCCAUGUCGCUGGGGAAUGAUGAGGAGGCAGUGUUGGACCAGGGCAAGACCAGCUCCACCCUCUACACCAACUUUGAGAAAGAAGAGCUGGAGAGUCACAGGGCGGUGUACGUUGGCGUUCAUGUCCCUCUGGGCCGCCAGAGCCGAAGGCGGCACCGUCACCGAGGACACCGGCACCACCGGAAGCGACGGGACCGUUCGGACCGGGACGAUGGACGAGAAUCGCCCACAUAUGACACGCCAUCUCGGAGAGUCCAGUUCAUCCUCGGGACGGAGGACGACGACGAAGAGCACAUCCCCCACGACCUGUUCACCGAGCUGGACGAGCUCGCCUUCAGAGACGGAGACUUCCAGGAGUGGAAGGAGACGGCCAGGUGGUUGAAGUUCGAGGAGGACGUGGAGGAUGGCGGUGAGCGUUGGAGUAAACCCUACGUGGCCACGCUGUCGCUGCACAGUCUGUUUGAGCUGCGUUCCUGCAUCCUGAACGGCACCGUGCUGCUCGACAUGAGGGCCAACACCAUCGAGGAGAUUGCAGACAUGGUGAUCGACAGCAUGGUGGCGACGGGUCAGCUGGAGGAGGACGCUCGAGAGAAGGUGAGGGAGGCCAUGUUGAGGCGUCACCACCAUCAGAACGAGAAGAAGCUGAGCAACCGCAUCCCGCUGGUCCGAUCCUUCGCCGACAUAGGGGAGGGUCUGUCCUCCUCCCUCCUCUCCCUUCCCCGUACCUCCUCCAUCGGCUCAUUCGAUGCCUCCACACCUCCCCCCUCUCCUCGUAUCUCCCACCUGUUCGGACGCCUCCUCCCAAGCCCCACCUCCUCGCCUCAGACCACGCCCACCUUGAGCCGCCACCUGUCCGAGCCGUGCCCUUCCACACUCACUCCAUCCCUCCCUCGCUCCUCCCUCCUCGUGCCCUCCCCUUCAGGCCACGCCUCCUCCGGGGCUCAACGCCACUUCUCUGCUCCGGAGGGGCUGUCGGGGGAAGAAGGGAUCCCUGAGGUGGUGGUUUACCCCCCCGAAGAGGAGGACGGCGUGUUCAAGAUGGUGGACGAAGAGCAGGAGCUCUCCUAUCAGGAUCCGCUGGUUCCUCACCAUCAACCAGGUCUGCUGGCGUCUCCACAGUCGGCUCCCGGUAACCUUGACAACAGCAAAAACAGCGAGAGCCGCGUCACCGUCGGCAACGGGGGCAGCCGGGAAAACAGCACCGUGGACUUCAGCAAGGUGGAUAUGAACUUCAUGAAGAAGAUUCCUCCGGGUGCCGAGGCCUCCAACGUACUGGUUGGUGAGGUAGAUUUCUUGGAGCGACCGAUCAUCGCCUUCAUUCGUCUGGCCCCUGCAGUGCUGCUGACCGGCCUCACCGAGGUCCCUGUGCCCACCAGGUUUCUCUUUCUGCUGCUCGGUCCGUUUGGAAAAGGUCCACAGUACCACGAGAUUGGACGCUCUAUCGCCACACUGAUGACGGACGAGAUUUUCCACGACGUAGCCUACAAGGCGAAGGACAGGAACGACCUGCUGUCGGGGAUCGAUGAGUUCCUGGAUCAGGUGACCGUGCUGCCUCCAGGUGAAUGGGACCCCAGCAUCCGAAUCGAACCGCCCAAGAGCGUCCCAUCUCAGGAGAAAAGGAAAAUGCCGUUCUUCCCCAAUGGCUCCGCCCAUGGCUCUGACACGGUGAAGGAGGCGGAGCAUCAGACGGGACCGGAGCUGCAGCGGACCGGCAGGAUUUUUGGCGGUUUGGUGAAUGAUGUUCGGAGAAAAGCUCCGUUCCUGUGGAGCGACAUCAGAGACGCCGUCAACCUGCAGUGUUUGGCCUCCAUCCUCUUCCUGUACUGCGCCUGCAUGUCGCCCGUCGUCACGUUCGGAGGGCUGCUGGGAGAAGCCACCAAAGGAAACAUAAGUGCCAUAGAGUCUCUGUUCGGGGCGUCUCUGACGGGGGUGGCCUACUCGUUGUUUGCCGGUCAGCCUCUCACCAUCCUCGGCAGCACCGGUCCGGUUCUGGUGUUUGAGAAGAUCCUCUUCAAGUUUUGCAGUGAAUACGGUCUGUCCUACCUGUCUCUGAGGACCAGCAUCGGCCUGUGGACGGCCUUCCUCUGCCUGCUGCUGGUCGCCACGGACGCCAGCUCUCUGGUCUGCUACAUCACCCGCUUCACUGAGGAGGCCUUUGCUGCCCUCAUCUGCAUCAUCUUUAUCUACGAGGCUCUGGAGAAGCUGGCACACCUCGGGGAGGUCUACCCCAUCAACAUGCACAACAACUUAGACAAUCUCACCUUCUACACGUGUCAGUGUUCUCCGCCUGCCAAUGCCUCGGCUGAAGUCCAACAGAUCUGGAGCAGCAGAAACUUGACGUCAGAAAGCAUCGAGUGGGAGCAGCUGAGUGUGAAGGACUGUCUGGAUUUAAAAGGAAAGUUCUUGGGUUCGGCCUGCAGCCCCCACGGUCCAUAUGUCCCCGACGUCCUCUUCUGGUCUGUCAUCCUCUUCUUCACCACCUUCUUCCUCUCCUCCUUCCUCAAACAGUUCAAGACCAAGAGAUAUUUCCCCACCAAGGUUCGAUCCACCAUCAGCGACUUUGCCGUCUUCCUGACCAUCAUGAUCAUGGUGCUGGUGGAUUAUCUGGUGGGAGUCCCUUCACCCAAACUCAGGGUACCGGACCGCUUCGAGCCCACGUCCAACACUCGAGGCUGGCUCAUCUCUCCACUGGGACCGAACCCCUGGUGGACGCUGCUGGCAGCCGCCAUCCCCGCUCUGCUGUGUACCAUCCUCAUCUUCAUGGACCAGCAGAUCACCGCCGUCAUCAUCAACAGGAAGGAGAACAAGUUGAAGAAAGGCUGCGGUUACCACCUGGACCUGCUGGUGGUGGCGGUCAUGCUGGGUAUUUGCUCCAUCAUGGGCCUGCCGUGGUUUGUGGCGGCGACGGUGCUCUCCAUCUCGCACGUCAACAGUUUGAAGGUGGAGUCGGAAUGUGCGGCGCCCGGCGAGCAGCCUAAGUUCCUGGGUAUCAGAGAGCAGCGGGUCACCGGCUUCAUGAUCUUCGUCCUGAUGGGUUGCUCAGUCUUCAUGACGUCCGUCCUCAAGUUCAUCCCGAUGCCCGUUCUGUACGGAGUCUUCCUCUACAUGGGAGUGUCCUCGCUCAAAGGCAUCCAGCUCUUCGAUCGCAUCAAACUGUUUGGCAUGCCGGCCAAACACCAGCCAGACCUGAUCUACCUGCGCUACGUCCCUCUGUGGAAGGUCCAUGUCUUUACCGUGAUCCAGAUGUCCUGCCUCAUCGUCCUCUGGGUCAUCAAGACCUCAGCUGCCGCCGUUGUCUUCCCCAUGAUGGUUCUGGCUCUGGUGUUCAUCCGGAAGCUCUUGGAUUUCUGCUUCACUAAGAGAGAGCUGAGCUGGCUGGACGACUUGAUCCCGGAGAGCAAGAAGAAGAAGGAUGACGACAAGAAGAAGAAGGAGAAGGAGGCCGCUCGGCGGAUGCUGGAGGAGGCGGAGGAUGAACCGCCGUACGACCAAGAAAACGACAUCAAGUUCCCCAUCAAGAGCCUGAAAGGACGCUCGGAUCCAUCAGAAGUGAAUAUCUCAGAUGAAAUGGCUAAAAGCGGCAUUUGGAAAUCAGUUUCCAUGAACUCUGACAACAGCAAACCUCUGAAACGCUGCCCCAGCCAGGAGAAGCUGCCGAGCGUCGAGAUAAACGUGGAGAACGAAGAAGGUCGGAAAGUCACGGAUGCUGAGACGUCACUAUGAUGUGGUGGAGGACGAGGAGGGCGGAGCCUCUGCUCUGACAGGGCGCCGCAAAUUCACAGAUCCCGAGCUGACCAAUCAGGCUUCACCUCGGCUUGCAGCACUUCUCACCUGCGUCUUCUCGGAGGGGGUGAACGUUUUAAUUUCUCAUCGUUUUAUGGUGAAACAUGGAGACUCCGGCACUUGGAGCGUAAACGGAAACAGCUGCCUCAGGUUUCUUUGGUUGGUCUUUAGUCGGGCGGUCUACUGCUGCGCUGUGAUUGGCUGCUGAACUGAAAAACAGACUCGGCGGACGACUGACAGACAGCUGAAGUUUAAUUUCACAGUUUUAAAUGUUUCUGCUUUAAUGAAGCAAACGAGGCUCUUCACCUCCGACAACGCAGGACGGAGUUUUAUUUAAUCCAACAUGCUGAUUUAAGUUGUGUAUGUCUGUGUGUGUCUCUGUGUGUGUGUCUGUGUGAGAGAGUGUCUGUGUGUGUGUGACAGUGUGUGUGGUCACUGUUGUGCCUCACCUUGUUGCCUGCAGCAGAAAAGCUGAAUGAAUUCACAGCCGCUGUUAAAGUUUCUUUCUAAUGUUUCAAUAAAUCAGUUUGGUGACAACGAUCAGAGCGGGUCCAUCAGAUCCAACAAAUCAAUAAAAAAAAUAAAUCAAAUCUGUUUCAGGAGGAUUAAAGGUGACGGAGACCGA